UAAUAGCAAUUUAAAUCAUUAUUAGAGUCCAGACUCUGACUCUUAUAAUUAAAUACUCCCUUCUAAUUAAAUGGCCGUAUUAUAAUAAUGUGUAAAGGAAAGUGAACCGUUUCUAACAUUUUUUUUCUCCCCAAGUAAACACUUCCACCAGCUGUGCUCAUCUACUGGCUCCAUCUGUUGCCUGCGUUUGAUCAAAAGAUUCUCAGUCUCACUCAGAUUGGAUAAGGAUUCUCUGUGAACAUCCUGAUUUAGUUUCUUUCCUGAAUUUAAGUCUGGACUUUGACUAGACCCUUGUUUUUUAACACGUGACUAUGGUUCCAUCUUAACCAUUUCACAGUGUUUGCAGCCUCCAAUAGGUAUUCCUUCAGAAUGAGCUUUUAUGUACAUUCAUCUUCCUAUCAUCACCGACCAGCUUCCCUGCCCCUCAACAUGAUGCAGACACCACCAUGUUUUUAAGUGGGAAUUUGUGUGAUAUUUUUAUAGAGCUCUGCAGCUACAAUACAUAUACACUAUGCUGAAAAAGAGUCCAAAUAAGAGGAAAUGUGUUUGUAUCACCUGUUUCUACUCAUGUCAUCAAAGUGAGCAGUGGUGAGGUAGUUGGCGCCGUGUUCAUCAUCUGGCUGCAGGAUGGUCCUCUGCCUCCUGAACAGACAGCUCAUGAGGAGCACCAGCUGUUGUGCCCUAAUGGUCAGGCUGCAGAGACAGAGCCGUGGUUGUAUUCACUCCAGCAUCCAUGGCUUCCAUCAUGAUGAGAUCAGAGAGAAGCUGCAGGCCUUCCCUGGAGGCUCCGUCGAUCUGCUGAAGCAGGACUCCGGUAUCGCUGUGCUGACUGUCAACAACCCUGCUCGAAUGAACGCUUUCUCUGGCAGCAUGAUGGUGGAUCUGGAGGACAGGGUGAGCCAGUUGGAGAGCUGGACAGAAGGUAAAGGCCUUAUUGUUCAGGGGGCUGCCGGGACAUUCUGCUCUGGAUCCGACCUUAACGCUGUCCGAGCGAUAUCCAACCCCGAGGAUGGGAUGAAAAUGUGUAUGUUCAUGCAGGAUGCUCUCACAAGACUACUCAGGCUGCCUCUGAUCUCCGUAGCUCUGGUUGAAGGGAGAGCUCUGGGAGGAGGAGCUGAACUCACCACUGCCUGUGAUUUUAGAUUAAUGACCUCUGGCAGUGUGAUCCAGUUUGUCCAUAAACACAUGGGUCUGGUACCAGGCUGGGGCGGCGCUGCACGACUCGUCCGCAUUGUUGGAAGCCAGAACGCUCUGAAGCUGCUAGGCGGUGCUUUGAAGGUGGACUCUGAACUGGGCCUGGACAUUGGACUGGCAGAUGGAGCCCUGGAGGCUGUCCAGGGUGCGGACAGUCCCCGGCAGCAGGCGGAAAACUGGCUCAGUCGCUACACCGAAGGAUCGGUCCCCGUGAUUCGGGCGGUGAAGAAAGUAGUGCUGGCGGGAAGAGAGCUCCCGCUGUCUGAGGCUCUGAAGACAGAGAAGGAGGUGUUUGGAACAGUAUGGGGCGCUCCGGCUAAUCUUCAAGCCCUGGCCAGCAAGUCCAAACAUAAAUAACUCAUAAAAUCUGUUUAGAUAAGAUAGAUCAGCUGAGAUGUGCGCUGUCCUGGGUUAGAGGUGGUGAGAUUAUUCAGAGGGGACGAUCCGACUGCAGGGCAGCAGCUGAUUGUUUGGAUGGAAACCAGUUUUGGUACUUUAUUUACAAGUAAAAACAACCAACAAA